AUGCCACGAGAACAGGCAGCCACGGUCUCACCUGAAGCGCUUCGUCGCACCUCGGAGGGCCACCAGUACGCCGUCCCGAUCUUCCAAGGAUACAUCAGCGACGACCAUGAGGACGAUCACCCAGUCUAUAUUAAGCGAAACUCUGUCCUACAUUUGGCAGCUCUACUCCAGAUUUUGCGAAAUGCCGUGCAGGACACGGACGCCACAAAAGACUCCACCGUCCUUGGAGGUUUAAUACACGAUCUGUGCGAAGAGAACCUGACUGAGGAAGAGCAACCUUUUGUCCAACGUCAAGAGGCGACCAAGGCCCAACAACUAUUGCAUCUUCGGAUGCUAGACGACAUUGAGAGUGGUUCUCAGGGGACCAUGCUUUCCGCGGAUGGCGCCGACAUCGACGAUACCCUAGCUCGCUACGGCGAUACGGAACCCACCAUUGCGCCGCCGGGAAGUGACCUCAAUCAACAAGGGCCUCGAAUGCUUGUCGACGCCAUGGCCCUUCAACUUGUUUGCGCAUUUCUGGACAGGUAUACCGCUAAUCAGGACUCAGCUGGUCAACAUCUCCAGUAUACCGGCGGGCCAGGCGGCACGGGAAAGUCGAGGAUCAUCGAUGCCCUGAAGGACGUGUUCGCGGCGAGAAAUCAGCCACACCUUCUGCAGAUAACCGGCACAUCAGGCAGUUCGGCGGCCCAGAUUGGCGGCACGACCAUCCACUCAGCGUGUGGGUUGGAUUCCCAUCGCGAUCCAAACAAACCGCCUCCCCCUUUCAGGCCUUUCUCGGAGGCGAAGAAGUGGAUAUGGAAACAGAAGCUGGUACUCGUGAUUGACGAGGUCAGCAUGCUGGGAGGAGCCACUCUGCACAACGUCAGUCGUCACCUGCAGGUACUCCGUGACUGUCCGGACGAGCCGUUUGGUGGGAUGCCUGUCGUUCUACUGAUGGGAGACUUCUACCAGUUCGCCCCCGUGCGGGAAACAAGCCUACUGAUCAUCAGACCGCCGGACCGAACAGAGACCCCCCUGCGACAAGCGAGAAUCUCUCACCACAGCGGCUGCAGAUUGUGGCAUCUGUUCAAAACCGUGGUGCUCCUCGAAGACCAAGUCCGCGCACGCAACGAUCCCCAGCUCCGCGCACUCCUAGAUCGAGUUCGUAACGGGCGCCAGACCCAGCAAGACCUCGACUUGCUCAACGCCAACAUCGUAGGACGCUCCCAAAUCACCUUCCACGAUGGUUUGCGUGCUAUAACGCCACUGAACCGCACCCGGUGGGCCCUCAACAUGGAAGCUGUCGUGGGUUGGGCGCGCUUCAACAAGCAGCAUAUCCGUAUCUUUGUCUCGACUCACACCUGGCGCAACGGCUCGCUUUCUCCAAACAUCGUAGCGCGAACCAUGGGAAAAGGUGACGACUCCGCCUGCAAGGUCCCCGGCGUCUUCUUCUAUGCCCAGGGCAUGCCUGUGGUUGUGAACAAGAACAUCUACACUGGCUUGAAAGUUGUGAAUGGGGCCGACUUUACUGCCGUUGACGUAAUACUCGAUCCCAAUCACCCAGGAUACUGCUUGGCAGAUGACGUGACCAUCCACUUCGGGCCGCCGCUCGGCAUUCUUCUGCAGUCCGAGGAGACGAAGGCUUUGGCGAUACCGUCCCUCCCGAUUCUUGUCCGCAAGAUGCACGCGACGUGGAUUGCCCGUUGUACCAGCGUUCGUUCUCACUGA